AGUCACACUCGAAUUUUUUCCCUCAACGCGAUCUUACUUUCACGUUAGACUGAAUAUACCGUGAAAUAUAUGUUCUAGUUCUAGACGGCGAGCCCUUGUCCAAUCAGUUUUGUUUAAAGAAUGUCAUCAGAAUCGACCACAGACCAGAAGACAACAGAGGAAUUACUGGCCUUGUAUGACCAGAUGUUUAAGUCCAGAUACACAGAAGAGGAUGAGGAGUAUAUGGCGACAGUUAACACCCCCUCCCCUCCCCCUCCCUUUGUCAAAAACUGGUUCCAAAAGUCCAGAGGAAACUUCAGAAAUAGAAGUGGAUACCAAGACCGAGGGGAAAGACGUGGAGGUUAUCACCGUGACAACUACAACAGAAGAGGUCAUCAACAGGGUUACAGGGAUCAUCACCAUGGUAACAGGGAGGAUAACCGUGGAUACAGAGACAGUUAUGAUCGUGACAGAUCUGGUUAUGGUGGUUAUAACCAAGGUCAUUACCAUGACAACAGGGGUUAUGGGGGAUACAGGGACAGAGAUCAAAGAUGACACGUCACACAAAGGCAAGAGUUUUAUCCAGCAUGAGGAGGUGUGAAGAUAUUUUAUGAAGGUUUCAUCUAAUUGACAAUGCCAACUCAUAAGGCAAAGAUCUUUGUUGGUCACUGUGAACUAUACAUAUUUUGGGAGAAAAUGAAAAAAUGUUGCUAAAAUUAGGUACAUUUAAGUUUUGUUACUUGUUGCAUCUUAGAUUAAGAGAGUUUAUCACUCAAGAAUUAGGUCAUGGAGUGGACUUUACUUAUACAUGUAUGAAUUCAAUGGUUUGUUUUUGAAAUAUGUGUCUUCGAAGCAUGUGUACGAAAAUAGGUCAUAGUGAUUUACUUUUGGGAUUUUAAGGAUUUAAUUAAAUGUUUGGGGUUAUAAAUGACUUAUAAUCAUAAACUUUUUUCAGGUCCAAAGAGUGUUUCUACAGAAAAAGGAGUUCUUUUUAAAAUUUCAUCUCAAAUUAGGAAUGCUUAGAGGCUUUUAAAGUUAAUUGUUGUCAGUUAAUGUAUCUAAUGGUAUCAAAGUUUUCAAU